AUGGGCACACCCCGAGACUACUAUGCAGACUUAGAGCUGCCGCCUACGGCUGAUGUUACGGAGAUCAGGAAGCAAUAUCGAAAGCUUGCUCUGAAGUAUCAUCCCGAUCGCAACCCUGGACGAGAGCAAGAAGUGAAUACCCAGUUCCAGAUUAUUCAAACGGCACACGAAAUCCUCUCCGACCCCGAUCAAAAGGCAAAACACGAUGCUUCACGAGGUCGCGGUCGGUAUACAGGUGCUUCGGGUGUUAAGGGCAACCCAUGGUCGAACGUGAGCGCACAGUACCCGCCUCCACCACGACGCAACAAUGCAAACACAAGCGCUCGAGCUACGCCUUCAGGCGCACAGCGAUGGCAGACACGCUUCUCUUCAGGGGUUCCUCCAACGGCAAAGCAGUACACAGCAUCAGACGCCGAAUCUAAGAAGAAUGCCGCGCGAGCGUUUGAAAACAUGCGAAAGGGCACAUCGGCAAAGUCAAAUGAGCAGACACGCCCUCCUCCACCUCCUCCCCCGCCUCGGACGGAAUCUGCAAGGCAGCGUGCGGAGGCCUCAUUCGGCGCGAGAAAGACGGGAUUUCACCCUCGUACAGCGAUGGGUGACGAGCCUCCUGUAUCUAACAGCAACUAUAGCUCGCGACCAGCAUCGGAGCGAUACCCGCAACCAUACGCUCAGGAAGACCCCAAACCAGCUCCUCCACCCACUCCCCAAAGGCCCGCACCAACCGCAAUGCCUGAUCCCCUGAGCCAGUUCAGAGAUCGGGAUAGCUGGGCAGAUCCUCGACAAAGCAGUCCAUAUACCUCACACGGCGGUGAAAAGACUAACCCUUUUGAUGGCAUUCAAAUAAAUCGAGCCAAAAGUACUCGCGAGACCAACCGUGAAGAUCAGAGUUCAUCGGAUAAAGAAGCUUUCAACCGACAACGCAGUAGUAGUGCUCCAAAAGGAGGCAAGACUGAGGAACCUUCGAUACCUACUGAUCCUGCAGACCGCCCCAAAGCUCAAAUGAAGAAGACUCGAAGUGGGUUUAAGAGCGUGCCUCUCGGGCCCAACCAACAAGCUACUGAGGUUCCUGCCGCCGAAAGAUCAGCUGAGUCGCCUAGCGGCCCUUCAAUGUAUGACAACUCAACUUCCACAAGACGCCGUCACCCUACGUCAAAAAGCUUCAGCAAGUGUCAGGGGUAUAAUGGAACUGGGUUCUACCAGACUCUAUACAAAACUCCAACGAAGCCUCACCAUCAGUCGCCUAGUGGCGGACAUGAUUCACCACAUCAAUUGAAUGAUUUUGAGCGGCAGCAGAUGGCGAUCUUGGCAGAGCUCAUUGGCAAUGCCAGGGAUGAAAGCCCUCUUAAGAAAGCAAAGCACCAACCCCGCAGCAUAAACACUCCCAGGAAGUCGAACAGUGCUAACAAGGCCAACUCGAACAGUUUUAGUUUUCCUGUCAACGACGAUACCUUUAGACGAACCUCACCAGACCAGCCUCCGUUCUCGAGACGAAACACUGAUGAUAUCGAUACUAGCUUUGUGGAGGAGGAGAAUGCGGCGGAUUGGGAAUUUAGUGCUGGUGGAGCCGAACAGGAAAGCCCAGCGAAGCAACGAAAGGGCCGUCGAUCGCCUGGGAAGCGUCCUACGAUGAGCGGAAAGAGUACCCCCAGUCUCGUUUCUGACCCUGAACGACCUGAUUCUACUAAACCCGAGUCAGCUUUCAACCCUGAUGGUUGGAACUUUGGACCCCAGACGUUUGUUCCUCAGCCAGCCAAAUCUGUCUCACCUACUCGGGUAUCUCGCACAAAUUCGAGAAAGCCCAAGGCAUCCAGAAAGCCCAACUACACUAGUGUUGUGGACGACAGUAGCAGUGACGAUGAAGUUCUCGAAUGGCGUGGUCGCAAGGCGCAAGACGAGCCACCUGCAGCUGAAAGCCCCCAGGCAAUGGAUAUAGAUACUCCUCCUGUGUCGACCUCAAUCCCACCACCUCGCCCUCCAAAGAUUCCAUCUCCUCAGCCACCUCAGACUACCCCUUCGCCUCAGCCUGCUCAGCCGGCGAGUCAGCCAAAACAAUUUGCUGAAGCGAACCAGAUUCCUGGAACGGCCGCCCAUACUGCAAGAGACAUCUAUGUCGAGCCGUCCAGGCCAGAAUGGCGGGAAUCUAGCGCGGAUAACGUCAACAGUGUCGAAAAUCGGGCAGAAAGCCCCAAGAAGCCAUUUAACCCGAACAACGUAGGAUCAGAGGACAGCGAGGAGUUCCUCGCCAGUUUCGCUGACCUGAGAAAUGUGGCACCAUUCGCUCAGCAGAGUUCAGGCCUGAAGUCCUUCUCAGAUUUGAAGGACAACCUGCCAUUUGAAAGCAAGCCCGCGCCACAAAUUCCGAUCAAGUUACCGACGGUCCACCCAUUGAUCUUCCCAAACCCGCCUGUCGCUCCUCAAAUUCCGAGUGCGGUGAUGGUCGGUGGAGUGCAACCAAGCGCGCAUUCUUGGGAGACCUAUGUUAAGGAUUUUGAAAAUUACAUGAAGCAGUGGGAUGGGUUCAACGCCCAAGUCGUGGAUCACUUUGCUACACGAAAAUCUCGCAUUGCUCAUACCAGAGAGAAGAAUGGGUAUUCAUUCUUGGAGAACCGGGGCGAUGCCGACAUUCAAGAAUACUACAACUGGCUCGAACAGGACAUGGAUGUCCGUCGACGCUGGACUGCCGCGUGUGAGGAACACGAGCAGCGAUUCCGAGAGUUCAUGGCGUUUCGAAUCAAGAUGAAGUAA